CGCUCGCUCGGCACUUCGCCCCUCAGCGCGCCCGGCCAGCGCAGCCCUGUUGCACCGAGUCCGGGGUAGCCGCCCCCUCCCUGGCAGCGCGGGGCGGCCGCGACCCCACCGUGCCCCGCUCCCGGCCCUGCGGCGGUGACGGUCCUCCCGCCUUUGUCGGGGGGGCUGCGGCGGGCAGCGGCGGCCGGUCCGUCCGUCAGUCCGUCCGCGCCGGGCGCGUGGCUCCUUUGUGUACAGCAGCUGCUCCUGAAUGCGGAGGCAAAGCCUGUGGCUUGGCACUGAGCUUUUAAAAAACAACAGCCCUCCCUCCUUCCCUCCCUCCCUCCUUCCCGCUCCCCUGCCCUCCCUCCUUCCCUCCCCUCCCCUCCUCCCGCUGAGGUGGACGGGCACCCACCUGGGGUCCGCUGCCCACCUCUCCUCUCAUCCUCCUCUCUUCUCCUCCUUGUUUACCUGCACUUUUCCGCCUUCUCUUCCCCCGCUGUCCCCGCCGCCCCUUGGCCCUCGCUCGUCCCGGCUCUCGGGCAGGCUCGGCGCCCAGCAGCUCCGCUCCCUCGGCGGUUUGCCUGUGCCCCUACCCCGGGGAAGGCACUUGAAGGUGGAUCUAUUAAACCUCCCGGCGGUCUCUCCAAGUGCACUUCUUGGACCAAACCUCCAGCAUGGAUGUAAGAUUUUACCCGGCUGCGGCGGGCAGCGCGCUCCCCGGAGACCCCUCCAACCUGGACUUUGCCCAGUGUUUGGGUUACUACAACUACAACAAGUUUGGAAACAAUAACAACUACAUGAACAUGGCAGAGGCAAAUAAUGCAUUUCUUGCUGCAAAUGAGCAGACGUUCCAUACACCGAGCCUUGGGGACGAGGAGUUUGAAAUCCCACCCAUUACCCCCCCGCCCGAGUCAGACCCUGCACUGGGCAUGGCAGAUAUACUGCUGCCCUUUCAGGGCCUUGGUGACCAGCUGCCUGCACAAGGAAAUGAAUUUACACCUCAGUUUCCCCCCCAGAGCUUGGAUCUUCCCUCUAUUACAAUAUCCCGGAAUCUCGUGGAGCAAGAUGGCGUCAUCCACAGCAAUGGAUUGCAUAUGGAUCAGAGUCACACACAAGUUUCCCAGUACCGCCAGGAUCACUCUCUGAUUAUGAGAUCUAUUGUCAAUAUGACUGAUGCUGCUCAUUCGGGAAUUAUGGCUCCAUCUCAGCUCACCACCAUUAACCAGUCUCAGCUAAGUGCGCAGCUGGGGCUAAAUUUAGGAGGCACUAAUUUGCCACACACUUCUCCCUCCCCUCCUGCAAGUAAAUCAGCCACUCCUUCCCCAUCCAGCUCUAUCAAUGAAGAAGAUGCAGAUGAAUCAAACAGAGCUACUGGAGAAAAAAGAGCUGCCCCAGAUUCUGGCAAGAAGCCCAAGACUCCGAAGAAGAAGAAAAAGAAAGACCCCAAUGAGCCACAAAAGCCGGUGUCAGCAUAUGCCCUUUUCUUCAGGGAUACACAAGCUGCCAUUAAAGGACAGAACCCGAAUGCUACAUUUGGAGAUGUUUCAAAAAUAGUGGCAUCUAUGUGGGACAGUUUAGGAGAAGAACAAAAACAGGUAUAUAAAAGAAAAACUGAAGCUGCCAAAAAAGAAUACCUAAAGGCACUUGCUGCCUACAGAGCAAGCCUUGUUUCUAAGGCUGCUGCAGAAUCUGCUGAGGCCCAGACAAUUCGUUCUGUUCAGCAAACGCUGGCUUCCACAAAUUUGUCUUCCUCCCUUAUUCUGAAUAGCUCUCUUUCUCAACACGCAGCGGUUUCAGCGUCUCCCCAAACUCUUCAGCAGCCCCUUUCCAGAGCAAUUGCUCCAAAACCCUUGACCAUGAGACUGCCAAUGAACCAGAUUGUAGCUUCUGUUACCAUUGCACCGAACAUGCCGACAAACAUUGCAGCUCCAUUGAUAAGCUCUAUGGGCACAAACAUGGUGGCAACGCCGUCUUCGUCUCAAGUGAGUCCCUCGAUGCAAAGCCAGCAGCACCAGAUACAGCAGCUCCAGCAGCAACAGAUGCAGCAGAUGCAACAGCAGCAACUACAUCAGCAUCAAAUGCAUCAGCAAAUACAACAGCAAAUGCAGCAGCAGCAUUUUCAGCACCACAUGCAGCAACAUUUGCAGCAGCAGCAGCAUCUUCAGCAGCAGAUUAAUCAACAGCAAAUGCAACAGCAACUGCAGCACAUACAGCUUCAGCAAAUGCAGCAGCAGCAAAUGCAGCAUAUGCAACACCAGUCACAGCCUUCUCCUCAGCAGCACUCUCCGGGAGCCCCGCAGAUCACUUCUCCCAUCCCUGCCAUUGGGAGCCCUCAGCCAGCACCUCAGCAGCACCAGUCACAAAUACAGUCUCAGACACAGACUCAAGUAUUAUCGCAGGUCAGUAUUUUCUGAAGAUAAAUGAUCUUGCGACAUGGCUUUGUGUUGAUGGAGGGGGUAGGGGUAAACCAUAUUUGGCUGAAAACUCUAAAUUGUUGAUGGUAGUUAUGCAGGGAUGCAUAACAGAUCAAAUGAUCCUCUAAAGUGUCUAUUAGAUAGGCAAUAAAGAACUACAAUGUAGCUGUGUAUCAUCUUUUAGCUGACUAUAAAUCAUUUUGUUUAAAAGAAAAAAUGCUGUUCUCUUUUUCAUGUGAUGCCUUUUUAAUUUAUUUAAGCUUUACCUACGAUAUGUGAAUCAACUGGCCUAAUAAAUACCUGGACCUUAUGACUGCAAAAUGGCCUUCCAGAGUUAUAUGCUAUAAUCCUUCUUUCUCUAAAAGUGAAUAAUGCACUUCAAGGCAGUAUGAACUCAUGAAGCCCUUAAAGCACAGUUGUAACUACCUGUAAAAUUAUGAUUGGAUUUCAUACAAUCAUACUUGUAUGACAUGAGUUAGUUGAUGGCAUUUUUUGUCAUGAAAAAAUAGAGUAAAUCACAGAUUUUUGCCAAAGCUCUUAUUUUUUUUUUCUCUCCUAAAUGUCUUCAGAAAAACAAAUGCAAGUAACUGGACUUAAAUGUUUGACCCAACCUUUCACUUCAUUUCUCCAAAUAAACCUGCCAUAGUUCGUAAGAAAAUAUAUAUUGACAUUUACCCUCUUAUGUUAAUUCCAAUUACAGAACAAAUGUGAAUAUUAUAUUCUGUGUCGAAGUGAUGAGUUUCAGAUUUAAUACACUGUAUUUUUAAAAGGGAAAUGCACUUAAAUAAAACUGUUAUUACAGAAAGCUAAGAUGAAAAAUACAAGUUAUUAAUACGCUGUAAAACCAGUAGAAUAUUUAAAUGAAACUCCACAACUGAAUAAUCAAUGUAAAUAUUUUCUUUAAAAGUUGUAAGUUUUCAUAUCAUGUGUUGUAAAGUUUUCAUAAAUGAGGCUUUAAUGUAAACACUGGUAACAUGAAUUAUUAAUUGCUACAUUGCUUAUUGUGUUUUUAUGCUGUUUUAUACUUUUUUAUGAGUUAUGAUAGCAGCAAUUAAGUUGUUUGUAUUUUGCUUAUCUAAAAUAAAUGCUUUUAUCUUGCUAUAGAAUAAACACAUUUCAGUAAAACUGAUGAGCUGUAAGUCUUUGACAGAGAAACCAGAAAUGUUUCCUUCUGCAAAUGUUUUCUUGGACUUUUUUUAAACUCCUUUGGAUUUUUAUCAAACAUUCUGGGUGAACAGGUACCAAUGGGACAGAGCAAGCACUUGGCUCUUGCACCCUCCAAGGUGCUCUGCUGAAGAGUGAUGGGCAACUUCUCUGAGGUGUCUGGGACUUCAGAGAGAGAAAGCAAAUGGUGGAGUCACAAGACAUCAUGGUGCCCUGUGUUGAUUGAUCUGCAGGAACAGGGUAGUGAACCUGUCUCUCAGCAGUAAUGUCCAGAAAUGCAAAUCAGCACAAAUUUUGGGCUUUGUUGUAUCUGAGAGUUUCAGAUGUAAACGCAGCUACUGCCAUGGGCUUCCCUCUGUAAGCCUCCAGCUCUUGACUUGGGCUGAUCCUGAGUUGUCUGACUUUUCUCAUAAAAGUAGAACAUGAUGGAGUGGGAGGGAUGGAGAGGGCAGAUCUUUCGUAUGAAACAUUAACAUCCAAUGUGUUGUCAGGUUAUUAGUGCUGUUCAUAUAUUUUUGCUCUGAACAGAAAGGAGAGAGCCUUUAUUUUCCUGUUUCCAUUCUCUGCCUGCAAUAUCUGUGCUGCGAGUGCAGUCUGACCACUAUCCCCAGUUGUCUGGCAUGAUUAAUUACAGCAUCUGUCCUGUCAGAAGCUAUAAUGAAGAGGUCUUGAUAAAAAUUGCAAAUUACCACUGGCAACAAUCUUAAACUGCUUAUGAUAAAAUGAAAAUUAAAAACAGCAAGUGUCAAGCCUGAGCAGAAUCCUAAUCCUGUUUGAGGCAUGGCUACCAUGCUCAGACCACAACCCAAAAAUAAUGGAAUAGAGAUCCCCAAAAAGUUGCAGCCAGACUUGAGGGAAGAGGUACUAUACCAUGUGAGUUUAUUCAUAAUGAAUUCAGCUUUCAAUAUUUCAUCAUCCUCAGGUACUCUGUUUAUUAUGUACAAAUAUUGAACAGCAAGAGAUUCUAAUUAUAAAUUUAUAGAUUUCUUGGAGCAGAAAAAAUCAUGUAUAAAUUGAAGCUUUUCAUAAUGGGUGUUAGUUGACAGCUACCCAUGCUCCUAAUAGCUUUAGCAUGAUAUCUAAUAAUGCCUGGGAUGGAGGGUGUUUAUUCCAAGUGCAAGGAAGCCUGUCUGCAUUAGAAAUGGCAUGACAGAGGCUGGUUGGGAGAGAUUUUGUGUGUGUCAGUUUUAACCAAUGUUACAUAACAAAGGGAACCAUUUUAUAGUCGUUUUUGAAACCUUUAGACAAAUGUCUUCAGAAAUAAUUGCUAAACUGCAUGUGACAGUAAUUGUGUAUUAGUUCUAUAAUUGUCAUUUUGAAGACCUAUGAAGUAUCGUUGGAAAAAUGUCACCAGUGAUAAGAGUUAAUUACAACUGAAGUCUGUUUUCAACUAUUUGCAGCGAGAAGCAGGUGUUAUUACACUCAUUAAAUGGUUUCAUAAAUCCUGGGUUUUAUCACAUUUGAUUAAGAGCUGCUGAACUACUGAUGUUCAAUUCCAGGAAAAAUAGUUUUAAUUACUGCAGCUAAAAAAAAAAAAAGAAAAUUAAUCAUCAAGCAGGACUGUACAUUUUAAAUAUCAAAAUUUGAAUCUUGAAAAACUGGAGCAUCCCCCUGCUUGCCACAAAAUUAUAUUUUGCAUUACCCACAAUAGCAUAUUGCAGAACAUCUUGUGUUUCAAACUGUGCAAGUUUGUGUUCGUGUUCCCUAAGUCUAAGUGAAUAACUGUGCUAUCAUAGGUCAUAAAUAAAACUGUUAGUUUAAAUUGCUUGAUAUGCAAUUUAUACAAGAAAAAUGCAAUAAUCUGUAUGGUUUCAGUGUUGUGCAUGGUUUUUAAGAAUGUUUUCCUUCAUAGCAUUUACAAGCACUUAACUGCUCCCUUCUUUUCCCAAGGUUUCAGAUGCUUUAUCACCCUGGUUAACCACAUUCUACUUUCACAUUAACCCAGGUUGACACAUGAUGAAAGAACAUAAGGAGGUUUAAUUUUUAGCUGACACAGGGUCAUUAGUUUCUAACUUGGAGAACAAAGCCUUUAAAUACCUCUGUGCAACAUAAUCUCAAUUUUAUAUUAUCACCUGACCAUUGUGGUUUGCAGGACAGAUGGAUUAAAUAUCUCAAGUUUAACCACAAGUCUUGCACUGACUCUUUUCAAUGGGGAUUCCUAUUUGAAUGGCUCCUUUUCCAUUUCUCACUUCAUGGAGUAUUUUGCAGCACUGGACUGCAUUCUAACCUUUCCCUCCCCCCUUUGUUUGGCUUUUGUUUUGCAACAGCUGUUAUUAUCGUUUUUGGUCAGCUGUGAUUGCUGGAGGCAAAAUAGGACCAGAUGGUGUUUUGCUAUGCAUGAAUGGCGAGUUAGAGGAGUUUAGAUUGAAUAGGCCAAGUUUGAAUGGUGUCUAUGCACCACCUGCCCUCUUCAGCAGCAGCACACACAUCAUAGGAGCAUGAUCUGUCUCAGACCUACUAGAAUUGGAUGGGAAUGGAGAGCGCCUCGUUGGAUUUUCUCCAUAUUUAUUGAUCUUCCAUGCACUAACAGCAUAAUGCAGUACACAGUCAAUUUGAGUUAAUUGGAUAUGACACAGCAUGUACAUGUAAUCUAUCACCAGAGUCUCCUGGUACACUUUAGGGUUUGCUGCCACAAGAACAUGCAGUAUUAGCCUGCAUUAAUAGGCUAAGUGGAUGGAAGUAAACCAGGAUCAUUGUAGGGUUUGAUUUAACAAAAUAUACUGUAGUUUUACAAUUGUACCCUUGAAACUGCCAGAAAUGCAGUUAACUAUGAACAUUUCUGAUUUGAAAGACUGGGGCUGAGUAUUUUGUCACAGAAAAAAAUAUAUGUCAUUCCCAUACAUUUCUGUGAGAUUUGCCUGUGAAAUUUAAACAAAUGUAGGGAGCAGCAUCUAUAGGGAUGGGCCAAUGCCAUUCAGAUGAGUACCAAAGGGCUGCUUUGGUAACCUAAAACUGGUCAGAGAGGCGGAAUUUAAAUGUUACAUAAAAUGUAAGAACUGUUGUAUGCUCUGUUAAGGCUGACUGAAAGACAUGGGGUACGAAAGACUUCUGCCUGGAUGUUACAGAAGAAAAUAUAUAUGUUAUGAAUAAUGAAAAAAUAUAUAACAAUAAUAUAUAAUACAUAAAUUACUUGCAUUGUUACAGCAAUUGGAUGUUUCAAAGCCUACUUAAUAUGUAACUGAGGGUUGCGAUCAUGCUCUAAGUUGGCAGGAGCUGCUCACUCGGUGUCUUUGUCUGUGGUGUCAGGUAGCCAAGUGAGCUACUUUAUUAUGAAAAUUGCAUCCAACUGAAAAAAUGCUAAAUAUUUUCAAGUGCCUGUGGGAAAAGCUAAGUUUGUAUUAAAGGAUUUGGUUCUUAAAGUCACCAAGAAGUUAAUGCUUCUCAGGUGCAUUGGAGGGAGAAAAUUUUUGAUUAUAAUACUAAAAUCUUUGAGAAGUGAAUGUAUUGCUUUGAACGAGCUGCUCUGACACUUCAAUAGGCUACACUGGAGAUUUAGAAUGCAUUCUGUUUACCUCAGUUAAAAACCAGAAGUGGUAUUUUAAAUAGUGGGUUUUUUACAAGUUCAUGGAGCAUUAACAUCUUCAGCCCCUAAACAAACCAAAGUAGUAGAGAGUUCUCUUACAAGGUUUAAAAUUAAAUUUAUUUUAGUUGUCUAGUAAAAAAGGUUGAACAGAAAAUUAUACUUGUCCUGCAGUUAUAUGAACACUUCUUCCAGGUAUCAUUUAUUCUCUUUCCUCUCCGGGAAUAUCUUUAUGAUGCAGUUACCUUUGGUGUGUUAUUUUCUCCAAACUGGAGCUGCUACAUCAUUGUAACUCUGCUGCUCUAAUUGUAAAAGAGAGGCUUUGAUCCAGCAAAUCACUUUAGAUGAGCUGAUAAUUCAUGUAUAAUAGUAGUAAUUUCAUUGAAGUGACUACUCAUAUGCUCUGUUAUACAGUUGCUCAAGUGCUUUUAUAGAUCAGGGGUCUGAUUACAAACCAUUGUAUUUGUUUUCCAAACAGAUCUAAGUAUUUAUAAUAAUAAUCAGAACCUAAAAGUAAUCUUACAUUUUCUGCAUUUUCUUUUAUUAAAUUCUAUUCUAAACAAGUCACAAGUCUCAUUUUCAGGUGCAGGUAUCUAACCUUAGUUCUGGUUCAAUGACUGUGAAUCAUCAUAAACGUGUAAAGAAUUACCCACCUGAUGGUGAAUUGUAUCUGCAGUCAUUUAGAAGAAAUGGUCUGAAAACUUCUACCUGGAUCAGCAGUCACAGCUCUUGACUGAGCAGAUGCCUUAACCAAAUAUUUGUAUUUAGAAAACAGAGAAGUAAAUGCAGGCAGGCAAAGUGCCAGGGUACCUGCUGGCAAUAUUUUUGAAACCUAAAGGGUGUAGUAACUGUAGGCUGGUUUAUUUUAAUGCUAUAGCCCAUACUGUACUGAUAACAAACAUAUACAUUGCAUUAGCACUAAGCACAUAAAUAAUAAAUCCCUUAUGUUACGGUUUUCUUGCUGAUAGUUAAAGGUGCUUGAUCUUGGUAUUGGUUUUGGUAUUCCAGGAAUCGUAAGAAUUGACCAUUAUAUUUAAAAAAUAGUAAGUAGCUGUACCAUUUCUUACUUUCCUCUUCCUGAUUUUGGAAGUGAAUAUUCAGUGUCUGGGAAUCAGAGCUCACUUCAGAAAAUUCUGCUGUAUGGACUGUUGAUGAUGGGAUUAUUACUACUGCCCUGUUGUGUGUGUAUAUAUAUAUAGAUACAUAAAAUCUUGCACCCUGCUCCUAUCUGCUCACUACCUGUGGAAGGCUUGUGCUGAAGAACUUCUCCUCUUCUCCCCCUUCAUGUUCCUUCUGUUCCUGUGGGUCACAAGGAAAUUAAUAGAUUGUGCACAUACACAAUACAUGUUUGUUUUAAUAAAGAGAUGUCCAGAUGGGUGCAAUUAAUUGUAUGUGGCAAAUGUCUAAAAUAUCCAUAAGUCUAGGCAUGCUUUUGGGGAUUUUGGAGUUAACAUGUUAGGUGCUUUGCAGCACGGACUACCAAAGGAUUUGGUUACUGCUUAGCCUGCCUUGGAACUGACAGAAUAUAGAUGAAGCUAGUGAUUAUCAUCCUUGUGUAAACAGACUUUCUCCAUUAUAGAAUGGUGGCAGAUAAAUCUAUAAGAGUUUUGGUCAAUUACAGCAGACAAGUGUAUUACAGCAAAUCUUGAGCCCACAGUGAAAUACAUGUAAUUCUGAGUGUCAGUUUAGAUACUUGUGUUUCUAUAAAGGCUGAGCAGUCUCUCUUUUCCUUCCUUUUUUUCCUUUAACCCAAGGCAAAUGAAGUUAUCCUUCACUUCAGAAAACGACCGGAACUCGCUAGCAGGCGUGGACAAAUUAAACAUCCUUGAACAAAAAU